GAACGCUGUUUAUUUCCAAAAAGACAACGCAGUUCGGCUGACCUGCCAUGUCCAAUCGUUUGCUGCAUGCGCCGACGCCUUGGCCGAGCACACUCGGCAAGAGCAUUGGCAUUAUUGUCCAGGCCACAACCACCGCCAAAGAGAAAGACAGGCGUCGAUUCGGCCGCCUGGCUGACUGACCAGUUGAAGCGGAAGGAUGAGGACCUCACACCGACUCAGGAUCAGCAGAAGUUGAAGACCUGGGUGGAUGAUAGAUUAAAACCGUUGCUGGAGAAGCACACUGGUGGAGUUUUUCACACCUUUGGCUCCUGCCAAAAUGGUUUCUGGAUGAAUGGCAGUGACAUUGAUGCCUGCCUCGUGCUACCAAGAUGCCUCCGAAAGCAAUCAUGGCUCACAAAGCUGAGAUUGGUUCAGAGCUUGGCAAUAACAGAGAGGUUGGGUGAAGUGGAACUGGUGAAGGGCGCGCGCGUGCCCGUCGCGAAGAUUCAUGAUGGACAAGGACGAGACUUGUGUGACGUCUCUGUUAACAAUGUCGCGGCUUUGGAGAAUUCCAGGUUUGUAGGAACUCUUUCCAGCCUUGAUCCACGGGUUCCUUAUCUGGGGCGCUUUAUCAAGCAUUGGGCCUCGCAGCGCUGCAUCAACAACCGGGCAGAGGGAACACUGAGCACCUACACGCUGAUACUGCAGCUCUUCUACUCCCUCCAGCUCCGAAAUCCUCCUGUGCUGCCCAUGGUCACUGACAUCCUCACGGAGUCUUUGCAAACACAAGGUGUGUCGGGCAUGGAGCCUUCUAUUGAGGUGCCAAAGGCCGUGAACCACUUCCUGACAGACCCCGAGAUGGAUGAGAUGACCGGUGAACUGCGAUCCUUGCCAUUCCUCACAGAUCCAAAGAUGAUCAGAGAGGAGAGAAUCCGACAUCGCAUGAACGAGGAAAGCUUGGGAGAGCUUUUGCUGGGCUUCUUCGAAUUGUGGGGGCGGGAGGAAUUUGGUGGAGGAGAGGAAGGUGAUGGACAGACGGUUUACGUCUAUGAUGCCUCCUGUGAGCUGAACGAUCUUGGCGUUUUGGUCAUGAGGUGCCCACUCACUGGAAAGAACGUGAAUCCUUUCACUACCAUGGUUUGGCGAGCUAUCCAUGGCGAGUUUGCCCGAGCAGCCAGAUUGUUGCGAGCAGGAUGUAGGCUCGAAGAGCUGUGCGAGCCUACUGAGGGGCCACCCGCUGGUUGUGGCCACCGGGGCGGUGGAGGUGCAGAGAUUGCUGCGGCACUGUAUCCUGACGGGCCUGAUGGGUAUGGUGAGACAGAUAUGCCAGAUGUUCAGGAGAGCGAAAUGGUGUGA